AGCGAAGCGAAAAAGAAAGAGAAAUGGAAAAGCAAAAAGUUGAGGCUUCGAAGUUUCCAGGGUUUCCGUACAAUCCGUACUCCAUACAGAUUGAUUUCAUGAACGCGCUCUAUCAGUCUCUCAACAAUGGCGGCGUCUCCAUGCUUGAAAGUCCCACCGGGACUGGGAAAACUUUAAGCAUAAUUUGUAGUGCAUUGCAGUGGGUAAUUGAUAAGAGGGAAAAGGAGAAAACUGGGGAAAGGGUUGAAUCUGAUCAGAAUUCUGAAAAAGGUGGUACAUUUGACUCGGAUGAUGAACCUGAUUGGAUGAGAAAUUUUGUCAUAAAGAAAGACGAUCAAGGUCAGGACAAGAAGGCGAAGAAGAAUAAGUUUCGGGCGGGAAUAGGGAAAUGCAAUCUUGGAAAGAACCAUGCAAGUUGCAGAGAUAUUUCGAGUGGGGACGUGGUGAAAGAUUGUUGUAGAAAGAAUGAGGGAAAGAACAUGACAAACGGUGAAGCAGAGAUGGAUGAUGAGGAGUUUUUGUUGGAAGAAUAUGAAAGUGAAGGGGAAGGAGCUGCUGGGGAUGGGAAGCCGAAGAGGAAGGCUUUGGGGGCUUCGCUUAGUUCGUCAAGCGACGAGAAGGAUGAGGAUGGUUCUGACGAUGGGGAUGAGGAAGAGGAGAAGUUAAAGGUUUAUUUUUGUAGUCGGACUCAUUCACAGCUUUCACAGUUCAUAAAGGAGUUACGGAAGACUGUGUUUGCCAAUGAGAUCAAAGUUGUUUGUCUGGGUUCUAGGAAGAACUUCUGCAUUAAUGAAGAGGUGCUGAAGCUUGGGAGCACUACUCACAUUAAUGAACGCUGCUUGGAACUUCAAAAGAAGAAAAAUGAUAAGGUCUUAAAAAUCAAGAACUUAGGUGCAGGAGGAAGAAUACGUAGGACCAAGGCUUCCUCUGGAUGCCCGAUGCUUAGAAAAUAUAAGCUACAAAAGCAAUUCAAGACUGAGAUAUCUGAACAAGGUGCAAUGGAUAUUGAAGAUCUUGUUCACCUUGGAAGAAGUAUGAAGACUUGCCCAUAUUAUGGCUCUAGAAGCAUGGUUCCUUCAGCGGAUCUUGUUGUAUUACCGUAUCAAUCUCUACUGUCAAAAUCGUCCCGGGAAUCACUUGGCUUGAAUUUGAAGAAUAAUAUCGUCAUCAUAGAUGAGGCUCAUAAUUUAGCGGACUCGCUCCUCAGCAUGUACGACUCAAAAAUUACUUUGCCGCAGUUGGAGAAUGUGCAAUACAACAUAGAGAAAUACUUUGAAAGAUUUCAUAAUCUCUUGGGACCUGGAAAUCGGAGAUACAUCCAAACUCUGAUGGUGCUUUGUCGUGCUUUUCUCAAAUGUCUGUGCACUGAGAAGGAUGAUAGUUAUACAGAUCCAUCCCAAGAUAUUGAGAAGGCAUCUAAAGGAAAUUUUGCCUUUUGUUCCUCAACGGACAUUAAUGAUUUUUUGUUUUCUCUUAACGUAGAUAAUAUCAACUUGAUCAAAUUGCUCCAGUAUCUAAAGGAAAGCAACAUCAUGCACAAGGUCAGUGCAUAUGGAGAUAAAGUAUCUAUCUCCAAGAACAGUUUGGCACCUAAAGGAACUGCGGAAUGUGGUGAAGAUGGAAGCUCUUUGUCUGGUUUCCAGGCAUUAGCUGAUAUGUUGCUGUCCCUGACAAAUAAGAAUGGCGAUGGCCGGAUUAUUAUAUCAAGGUCAAGGCCAACUUCCUCUGGGCGACAAGGAGGUUGCUUAAAAUAUGUUAUGCUGACUGGUGAAAAAAUUUUCUCUGAGAUUGUUGAUCAAGCACAUGCCGUAGUUUUGGCUGGGGGAACUCUACAACCUAUAGAAGAAACAAGGGAACGACUUUUCCCACAGUUGUCACUGAACCAGUUGCUUUUUUUCUCAUGUAAUCAUAUUGUCCCUCCUGACAGUAUUUUGCCAGUUGCAGUUUCUCACGGCCCUUCUGGCCAGUCUUUUGAUUUUAGCUACAGCUCUCGAAGUUCAUCGAAAAUGAUACAGGAGCUUGGGCUUUUAAUUUGCAACUUGGCGACAGCAGUCCCUGAAGGAAUUGUUGUGUUCCUCUCCUCAUUUGAUUAUGAAGGAAUGGUUUAUGAUGUCUGGAAGGCUUCGGGCAUCCUUGAACGGAUCAUAAAGAAGAAGCGUGUAUUUAGAGAACCUAGAAAGAAUACAGACGUGGAAUCUGUUCUGAAGGAAUACAAGGAAACAAUUGAUACAUUAUCAACUGGGACUCUGAAAGAUAAUCCAACUCAAAGUGGUGCAUUGCUUCUUGCUGUUGUUGGUGCUAAGAUAUCAGAAGGCAUCAACUUAAGCGAUGGGAUGGGCCGUUGUAUAGUCAUGGUUGGACUACCCUACCCCAGCCCAUCGGACAUCGAGUUGAUUGAGAGAGUGAAGUUUAUUGACAGAUUGGGAAAUCCGAAUUCUGUGAAACCUUCAAAUCUUUCAGUUAGCAAUGAGAUAAAUGAUGGAGAUGUAAAAGCUGGCUUUGACAUUCUCAGACGCUGCAAGCACAGAGGAAAACAAUACUAUGAGAAUCUUUGCAUGAAAGCUGUAAAUCAGUCAAUUGGUAGAGCAAUUCGGCACAUAAAUGAUUAUGCAGCAAUUUUGCUGGUUGAUACACGGUACGCAUACACAUCCGAUUCCUCAAAAAGAAGCUUUUCACACCCAGCUAGCAAGCUUCCCGAAUGGAUAAAAGGUCGUCUAGUUUCAACUGAUAAUUACGGUCAACUGCAUAGGAUGCUGCAUCAGUUCUUCAAGUACAACAAGAAACGAGGUUUUUAGUCGAUCUUUAUAGUCAGUUGUGCUUGUAGCAACUAUAGGAAGAUACCCACGUUCAUAAAAAUUGAAAUAGAAUUAAAAUACAGAAAAAUUCAGACCAAACUGCAGGAUGGGGAAAUUCCAUGUAUGUCCUAUCCUUUUAGGUUUUAUUUAGCUACUACAUAAUAGUGAAAAUGCCGUAGUCUUAUUGAGCAUUUUGUUUUAUUUUGAGCAAUGGCCUAGAUACAAUGCUUGAUGAGCGUCACGCUUGUAAGUUUUAUUUUACCAUUAUCAGCACUGCAAUAUGAUACAAACUUAAUG